GAAGACCUUUUGAGAUCGUCGCAGUACCCAAGCGACUUUCGACGCACGACAAUGCCAGAAGCACAAGACCCCGACACUCAAACUGGGAGCGAGAAUGCCUCCUCAAAGCUUCCUCAGAAGCGAUAUUUUCGGCAGCGUGCACAUGCAAACCCUUUUUCGGACCAUCAACUAGAAUAUCCAGUAAGACCAGAAGAGUAUGACUGGUCAAGACACUAUCCAGCGUGGUUUCCAUUGAAGGAGGGGCAGCCCGAAAAGUUUGUGGAAUUUGCAGAUAUUGGAUGUGGAUAUGGGGGUUUGCUUGUAUCAUUAUCUCCCCUCUUUCCGAACACACUCAUGCUCGGAAUGGAAAUCCGAGUUAAAGUUGAGGAUUACGUUCAUAAACGUAUCGAAGCCCUUCGAGAGCAGAACAAGGAUAAAGCCAUUGAUGCGGCAGGAUCCUACCAAAAUAUCUCAGUAUCCCGGAUGAACGCCAUGAAGUUCUCUCCCAAUUUCUUCCGUAAAGGACAACUUUCCAAAAUGUUUUUCCUGUUCCCUGAUCCACAUUUCAAGAAGCGGAAACACAAAGCCCGUAUCGUUACCUCGACACUACUCUCUGAAUACGCAUAUAUGCUUCGUGUUGGAGGCAUACUAUACACUGUUACGGAUGUGCGGGACCUCCACGAGUGGAUGGUGAAGCAUUUAGAUGAACAUCCAUUGUUUGAGCGGAUUCCGGAUGAUGAUCUGGUGGAUGAUCCAUGCGUGCCGUGUGUUAUGAAGGAAACCGAAGAGGGCAAAAAAGUGGAGCGAAAUCAAGGAGACAAAUUCUUGGCUGUUUAUCGACGGGUUGAGGUAGAUUUGAAUAUGGAGUGGAAGGGGUUCAAGCCAAUACUUGGCGGCGAUGGUGAUGGUGACGACGCUAAUGAGGAGGCAUAGGCUUCGCCUGCCACCUUGCAUUUUCGACCACGUAAUACUUUGCAAAUAAACGAUCAAAACAUUUAUACUAUGGAUGUUAAUAGACUAUAUAUAAGGUAAAAUUACAAGACAGUAAGAGACAAUGUACAUUUAGGC